AUGCCAGAAAAGACAAUAUCGGACAGGGGAAGGGUAUUCAACAAUAAAUUCCUGAAAGCCCUGUACAAACGCUUAGGAAUAGACCCCCACUACUCUUCAGCCUACCACCCCCAAAGCAAUGGGCAGACAGAACGAGUAAACCCGUCCAUUGAACACUUCUUAAGGGCAUACUCUGGCAUCAACCAACAGGACUGGACAAAGUGGCUCCCCAUGGCGGAAUUUGCUUACAAUAACGCCGUACACAGUAGCACCGGAAAAACUCCUUUCAAAGCCCUGUACAGAUGGGAACCCACCUUGACCCCAUCCAACGUACCAACAGAUGUUCCGGAAGCAGACGACCUUGCCCAGACAAUGGAGGCACAAUGGAAGGAAGUAGAAUCUGCCUUACAACAAUCUAAGCAACGGAUGGUAGCCGGAGAAGACGGAAACCCAGUAGAAUUCAAGAUCAGAGAAGAAGCAUGGCUGGACUCCAAGAACGUAAAUCUCAAGACCCUGAGCCCCAAGUUAACCGAGCAACGCUUAGGGCCAUUCAAAGUUAUUGAGAAGAUAUCCAACCGCGCCUACCGACUUGAGCUACCCCCAACUAUGCGUAUCCACAACGUCUUCUAUGUGGGACUCCUAUCCAAGGUCAAAAGGGACAAGAAGCGCACCUUCAAAAAUUGUCCCCCACCAGUCACCAUAGACGGAGAAGAGGAAUAUGAAGUGGAGGGGAUCACUGAUGCCAAAGAAAGGAACAGAGAAUGGUUCUUCCAAGUCAAAUGGAAGGGUUAUGGGUCAGAAGAAAACACAUGGGAACCCCAAGAAAACCUAAAAAAUGCCGAAAAGAUUUUAGAAAAAUACAAAAAAGAGAUGAAAAAGAAGGCCCUCGGCGCUGCCAAGGCCCUUAGAGGGGGGGCAGUGUUGUAG